AACUCUGAAGUACUCUUAGGGAAAGGGCCCCUGAUGUCUAUUUUAAGAAUGAACUCUUAGUUCAGAAAUCUACGCACAGAAGUCGGAAACGCCUUGCAGUCCACUGGGUAAAUGAACCAUGUCGACACGUUUGAGCUUUGCUUGAUUUUUAACUAUCAGCAACUGAACGGGUCACGAAGCCGCACUGACAUGCCCACUGGCUGGUGUGGCUGAUGCUCCCCUGUCAGUGCCCUUUGGAGAUUUCUUCACCCCAUGCGAAGCAUCGGGAGUACUCAGAGCCUGAUGCAGGGAUCCAAUGAUCCCCCACUAACAAGUCACAGAAAAAUGGGUGAACCAAAUAUGGAGCUCAGAGCUCUUCAGACACACCUACAAUACAAGUGGAAGGACUUGGAAAAAUAAAGAGACUUUUUCACGGCUGGGGGUCAAACAGAGGUCCUCACUCAUGCCAGACAAGUAACCACACCUCUCCAAUCGGAAAUUCGUUUAUAAUUAGUUUAAAUGAGAGUUAGACAAAAAAAGACCAACUGAAUUCUUUAUGAGCAAAUGAGCCAUGCACUAUGUUUUAAUAUCUGCUAACUGUAUCCCUUCUUGGAUUGCAGAAAUAAUUGCAAAAUGAAGACUGCUUUAAUUUUGCUCAGCAUUUUGGGAAUGGCUUGUGCUUUCUCAAUGAAAAAUUUCCAUCGCAGAGUCAAAGCUGAAGAUUCUGAGGAAAAUGGGGUCUUUAAGUACCGGCCACGCUAUUUUCUUUACAAGCAUGCCUACUUUUAUCCAUCUCUAAAACGGUUUCCAGUCCAGGGAGGCAGCGACUCUUCUGAAGAAAACGGAGAUGGUGAUAGUUCAGAGGAAGAGGGGGAAGAGGAGACUUCAAAUGAAGAGGAAAACAAUGAAGAUUCGGAGGGGAAUGAAGAGGAGGAGGCCGAGGCCCAGAACACCACACUGUCUGGUGUAACAGUUGCCUAUGGGGCGGAGACCACGAUGGGAACAGGGGCUGUAGGGCUAGCUGCACUCCAGCUGCCCAAGAAGGCUGCAGAUGCAGAAAGUGAGCCCGCAAAAAAGAAGGAAAGCGAUGAAGAAGAGGAGGAGGAGGAGGAAGAAAACGAAAACGAAGAAGCAGAAGUCGAUGAAAACGAGCAGGUCGUCAACGGCACCAGCACCAACUCCACCGAGGUGGACGGCGGGAACGGCAGCAGUGGAGGAGACAAUGGAGAAGAAGGGGAGGAACAGAGUGUCACUGAAGGGACCACAGCGGGCAGGGAGCAGAUCAGCGACGGCCCCAAGACAGCUGACCUUCUGGACGGGUUUCAGCAUACCACCCCACCACCCGAAGCCUACGGGACCACGCCCCCACCAUUCCGAAAAACCACCACUGCUGAGUAUGGGGGAGAAUACGAACAAAUGGGCAACAAUGAGGACAACGGUGAGUAUCAAGUCUACGACAACGAGAACGGGGAGCCUCGCGGGGACAAUUACCGCGCCUAUGAGGACGAAUACAGCUACUACAAGGGGCGUGGCUAUGAAGGCUACGAUGGUCAAGAUUAUUACUACCACCAGUGAGGGUCUCCCUGGGGUGAAUUCCCCACGCUGUCAUUGCAUCUGGCUACCAUUUAUUUUCAAAGUUCAACUCAGGAAGGUGCAAGAUAACACAUGUGCAUUGUACAAUGUGGAAUGGUGCUACAGUCCCGGAGUGAUCUCUGCAAAUGCUUCUAUUUGUAAUGGCUUCUUUUUUAUUUUCCCAGGAGUGUCACUUGAAAGGUCAUUGUGAGUCAGGGCCAUGGAUCAAACAGUACACCAUCUCUGAGCUGGGACCAGAUGGAGUGCUUUGAGGUUGUAACUCUCCAGUAUUUGUGCUGCGUGCACUAUUGCUAACUGCCUAGACAUAUUCUUUGUGCAAGAAGGCUCCUAGAGAGAGAUUUAUAAACAACACUGUAGACAAUAGUUGUGUAGUUCCUGUAUCACACCCCCUAGCCAAUACUGUAUUAGGAUUAAUUCUCAUCCUCAUGUAUUUUAUGUGACCUGUAUGCAUGGGUUUUAUCUCAAAUACAUAUGCAGUUCUUGAAAUGUGUUAUUAUUAGGAAGAAAUGGAGGGCAUUGGGAAGCACGUGAGUUUAAAGAGGGUGGGACAAUUCAGCUAAAAAGCAAGCUUAUUUCCAUUAGGGUUUAAAACUCAGAGGAUCUGGAAACAUCCUCUCUUCAAUAAUCUGCAGGAGUAAGGUUUGACAGUUGAGGGCAGAAUCAGCUUUAUAGACUAGGGAAUAAAUGACUCAGAGUUGUAGAUUUAACAAACAUGAAUACAUGUUGUAUGAUGCCCACUUCAGUUUAAAUUUCAGAUAAACAAUGAUUGGUUUUUAAUACAAAUACCCCCUCCAUGAAUAAUUAAUCUCUGUGAAAUAUCUGGAACAAAGUUAUGCUAAAUAAAUGACUUAUUCUUUAUCUAA